UCUCGUCUUGUCGAGAAUUGGUUCAUGAUUAUAUAGUACACGUGAUAUUUAACGAAGGAUAUAUUUUGUCUUAUCAUUUUUGUGUAUACUCUUUAUCAUAAUUGACUGCAAAGCAUAUAAAUACGAUUGCAACUUUUGACAAUUCAUUUCUUUACAACGUGGCAAUAAAAAAAUCUUCAAAACGUAUAUCGUAUAUAUAAAUGUUUAGACGAUAUACUGGAUUGAAACGCGGCUACAGGAUUUUAACUUCUUUCGUUAUAGUCAAAGAUUACAGUAUACCACGCACGAUGAGUGGAGCGAGUCUUAAUACAGCUGGUGUUCCUUUGACACACGUCGUGGGCGCAUUGAAAACAUUUGCCGAUUUACCGCUCGCAGCGUCUUGGGAUAACGUGGGAUUGCUCGUUGAGCCUACAGAAACAAAACUGAUCUCGCACAUUCUGCUAACAAACGAUCUGACCGAAGAUGUCAUGCAAGAAGCCCUGAACUUAAAAACCGAUAUGAUCAUUACUUAUCAUCCACUGAUAUUCGCACCUAUGAAGUCAGUAACAACUCGAACAUGGAAGGAGAGAAUCGUGGCUAAAUGUUUAGAAAACAGGAUAGCUGUGUACUCUCCACACACCACUUUCGACUCGGUGAAAGGCGGUGUGAACGAUUGGUUGGCUUCAGCAUUUGAAAAUGUGCUCGGCAGUAGCAGGCCGAUAGAAGUGGAUACGAACAACCAAGAGUAUGGUUUUGGACGAUUGUGCACUCUAAGUAAGAAAAUUUCUAUCGACGAAGCUGUGCAAUUGGUGAAACAGCGUACUGGUUUGAAACAUGUUAGAUUAGCGCGCGGUCGUCAAACAGAUGGUUCCGUUAGCACCGUUGCUCUUUGCGCUGGGUCCGGUGUGACCGUUUUAAAGAACACGACUGCUGAUUUGUACCUUACCGGGGAGAUGUUGCACCACGACGUUCUCGACGCAGUGCACAAGGGAAUCAACGUUAUACUCACUAAUCAUUCUGAUUCCGAGCGUGGUUUUCUGGAAUCGUUCGCGUGUACUUUAUUCAAUAUGCUGAACAAGUCUGUGAAAGUGAGCGUGUCCGAAAGUGAUGCAGAUCCCCUGAAAACUGUUUGAUCGUGCAAAUAGAAGGGAGACAAGUUGGCAUAAAUGUGGGAUUAAAAUUAUAUUUCUUGUACGUGAUAAAAUUUUAUUAUUAAUAUUAUAAAUUAUUCUUUCCUGUUUAUGGAUUGAUCGUUUUUAUUUCAAUCCAGUAAAUUUGAUCGGAGAAAUAUUGGGAAUUAAAUACAUAAAAGUAUCGUCGUACGUUGCGUGUUGUUUUACGCAAAUGAUCAAUUUGUAACGGAAACUAGCAUUUACAGUGGCGGUCAUUUAUUCACGUAGGAAACCAUAUUUAAAAGUAUCGAAACUUUCCUCUUUAUUGUUUCUCGGUGAAAUUUUUGUAAGAAUCAUGAAAAUCAAUACCAAUAGAAUAGUACGUAAGUAAAUGUCCGCCAUAAAACCUAUUGCUUCGUAUAAAGUGUAAAAAAAUUAAUGGAAUAAAUGAAGAUUUUUUCGUUAGGAAAUGGGAGAAGGUUCGAGUGGUAUAAUAAUAUAGUUUAAAUAUUUUCUCAAGUUUCCCAGACCAAUAUACACAAUUUCGAAAUCAAGGUAUGAUUUGCUCGCAAUUAAAUGACUGUCGGUGUACGGUUUUGUUAUAACGAGCUUACACUAAUUUCCAAUUAAUCUAUAAACAAUGUGUAACCGUUAGAAUUUUUAUUUCCUUUAUUUUGAUUACUGAAAUCUUGGUUCGUCAUUCGCCCGUUAUUCAUUGCUUCGAUGUCCGCAUUCAUUCGAUAUUCACGCAUAACGGUCACAAAAAGGAAAACGCGAUCGACGCCUCGUUGGAAACUUAUCCGAAUAAAAUACAACGGUCGUUAUUCUGGUCCGAUUCGAACGAUUUAAAUUUAGGUCCACGCGUCCAAUUUGGUUUCACAUGUCUCGCUCGACGAUGGAUGAAAAAAUUAAUUCGCUCGUGGCAGCCAUUGUGAAUAUAACUUGACUUACAGAGUACAACGUAGGUAUAGAUACGACUCUAACAACUGAUUUCUCGUUAUUAUUACGACGCUGCGUGUACACCGAUAACGAAAUGCGUAAUACACGGAUGAACACUUUAUAAAUUGCGUUUCUACAUCACCGGAUAACGGUGUCGAAGUUAUACCCCUGAGCUCAGAUGCCCAAAAUUGUUGGAUCGUGUUUAGCCGCUUUAUGUGUAUUGCAUUACAGAUAACGUGAAACUCAAGACCGAUAUUAUUUACCUGUUCUUCGACUGUCUUUCGUUUAACGUUCUCUGUGCUGCGAUAACUAGUUGUGGUUUUGCUACUACAUCGUUUAUGUUCUUCGAUCAACUAAAUCAGGACUAUGUUCUUGUUAGAAUAUAUCAAUUUAGCUGCCCUUGGAAACACAUAUCUCACGAAAAGAAGAACACAAAGAAUACCGGGGAUGUAAGUGGUACAAGCGAUCUACAAAGUUUGGCGUAUUAAUUCUUAACGAGGCUGAUCUCAUCGAUCGAUCGAAUUAUCGAAGUUCGACGUGUUGGUAAGUUUCCCUCGGAUACAGCGAC